AGAGAGAGAGAGAGAGAGAGAGAGAGGAAAAGAGAUUAAGAAAGAAUGUAUUAAGUAAACUCAAGUUCUAAUUCAACUUUUAUAUAUUUGUAAAAUUUUCAUUAAUAAAAAGAUGUUUUUGAAUUGACUUAUUAAAUUAUUGAAUAAUUUUGAUUGUCUAUUAAUUACGAAUUAUAUAUCGAAAAUAUGCAUGUAUAUGCGAUAUAUCGUAUCUCGCAAUUUUCGAGUUCAACAUUUGUUGAAAUCGAGAUAUUCACGUGAUUCACAUUUACUUUAAUAAAUUGAUUGCUUAAUAGAUUUAGUCUGUCAAUAUAUAGAAAGAUUAUUUAUUAUAAAAUGGGAGCAUCAUUGAUUCCAAUAUUAAUUUUUACAAUAUUUUGGGGAGUAAUAGGAAUUGUUUUACCUUUUUUUGUCCCAAAAGGUACUAAUCGUGGAAUUCUUCAGGUUAUGCUUAUGUUGACAGCUUUUACAUGUUGGUUGUUCUGGUUAUGUUGUUAUAUGGCUCAAAUGAAUCCUUUAAUUGGACCAAAACUACCUAGAAAUACAAUUCUUAUGAUGGCACGAGAAUGGAGCCAUGUUCAGUUUGCCGUAACAGAUGAGAUGUAACAGUCUUCAAUAAUUACAGAAGAAAUUAAUUAUUUAUUAUUGAUAUAAUGAAUCUUUUUUUUUUUUAAAACUUUGUAAUUAGUGAAAUCAUAUUAUCAUGAUAAAAGUAAAAAAUUUAAGUAGUUCUUUAUUGAAAAGUUUAGAAGUACAUCAAAUAUUAAUAUUUUAUCUGAUAAAGUAAAAGAUAUUUCUUAACAAUUAACAAUUAACAAUUAAAUAUUUUCAUUUAGUACAAAACGUUAAAUAACAAUUUUAAUAUUUAAAAUGUUAUAUUGUCAUCAUUAUAUAACAGCAACAAUAGUGAUAAUAAUUAAACAAUAGCAAUAUUAAUAAAAUUCAUAAUCAAAUGAAAUAUUGUUGAAUAUUAUGUGUGUUUCAAUUUUUAAUUUUAUUUUAUCCAUAUUUCGAUUUAAAAAAUUUAUAUUGAUUUUAAAAAUUUUUUUGUAAAAAAAUAAUUGAUAUUCUAUAUGAAAAUAAAUUAAUAUAAUAACGCA